CAUGGCGUCGUAGGGAUGCUGUAUUGUUGUUUUACAUGUACCUAGCUAUGUGACAAGUAAUACAUCGAGAGGAAUCCACAACUAAAUAACGAACUACACCAAAUUGUCAGUCUCGAUUCUGCGGGUAUGAAAGGUCUAGGAAGACUAUGCUGAGAUCCACCGGUUUCUUCCGUGGAAUUGACUGCCCGUUUUACACGGAUAGCUGCAAUGGGAAAAGCGGCAAAUAUGGGUGUAACAGACCAUACUGCCACUUCAGACACAGCAAACAUAGACGUGCGUCUUAUGGCUCAAAUGACACUAGAACAUCAAAAGAACUUUACUCCAAACAAAAGGAGCAAGGUGGCUAUGACCCAUUCAACCCAGAGGUAGUAAGACCAGAGGAGCAACAGAAUGGGGAGCCUGCUGCUGCAACAGUGGACAUGGGUGCCCUCGAGCUUGAGUUGGUCAAUCGUGCCAUCGAGGCGGUACGCAGUGAGGUGGAGCGGGAAAAGAAGAAGCUCUCACAAAUCGGGGACCUGGAAUAUGACCCUUCUGCCAGUUCUCCUAAAGUGUUGCUGAAACCACUCUCGCAAACUGGAGACCAGAAAUAUGAUCCUACUGCCAGUUCCCCCAAGCUGGUGCCAAAACUACCAUCACGAUUUGGGGACCAGGAAUAUGAUCCUACUGCCAGUUCCCCCAAGCUGGUGCCAAAACUACCAUCACGAUUUGGGGACCAGGAAUAUGAUCCUACUGCCAGUUCCCCCAAAGUGAUGGCUAACUGGCCAAAACCACAGGCCGUGGCAUCCCACUUGGCGUAUGACCCAGGCAGUUAUCAGAUGACUACAACAGCUGAUUAUAAUCCCACCCCUCGCUCCAGUAAAUACACCUUGGACUCUGACAGCAAGGACAACCAUGCCAGCUCCAUGGAAUAUGUGCCCACCUCGGUUACCAAAACAGCUUUGAAAAAGCCUGCUCCUCGAACACGAUCUCCUCAUCUACCCUCUCCCCCUACUAGUCCUAAGUACUCUAAUAAUGCAGCCUUCUCCAAGAACAAGUACACAUUGGAUAAUUCUAAACCAUCCACAGACAUGGAAUAUGACCCUCUCUCCAACUAUUCAGCUAAAAUUGCUGUCAAGGAUAAGAAAGACCAGAGGACAGGUGCUUCUAAGGGAGAAGUGAAAAAAAGACCUCACCUGUCAGGGACAGGAAAGCUGUCAACGGAUGAGGAAUAUGUGCCAACCACUAAGAAGCCUCGACAGGUGAUACCAGACCCACUGAAGUACACUGCCAAUUUCUCUGAGUCUGAUGAGGAGAGCUCUGGGACAGAGUAUCGACCCACUUCUCUCAGCCGUCUGCAGAGGAGGAAGAGUAGCAGUGGGUCAGUGGAGGAAGCCUUUGGUCCAGGGAAAGGAGAGAGGACUGAAAGGACUCUAGGUGGGCUGAAACAACAGAGGAGUCGGGAGGCUAAAGAGCAGGAAGACUCGGAGAACCAGGAAGUAGCAAGGCAAAAAGACAAACCAGAAACUGAAAAAGUGGCAGGUAAAACCAGCCACAUGAAGAGCAUCAAAGUAGAGAAGGUGCAUAAAUCUGAAAAGGAGUCCAGUAAAAAGAGUGGUAGUAGUAAAGAAAAAGGAGCAGGGGACGGUAAGAAAAUAAGUGAUUCAAAGACAUCAAACCACGAAACUGCAAAGAAGGACAGCAAGAAUCAGGGAAAGAAAGAAGAGGAGAAAAUCAAGAUAAAGGAUAAAUCCAUAGACAAAGGCAUGGAGGGACAGGAAGAAAAGAGAAGUGAUGGAAAGAGAAAGCUAAGGACAGACAAAGUAAAAGGGGCGUCAAGCAAGAGUGAGAGAGAAAAGGGGGGUGGGGAUAGUAAAAAACUGAAGACUUCAGACAAGGAAAAGGACUCUUCAAAGUUUAAAGAACACAAGAAUGGUAAACAUGACAGCAGUGGAAGAGAAAGGGGCUCCAAUAAAGUUAGCAAAGGGAGUUCUAACAGCAGUAAAGACAAGGUGAAGAAAAACAGCAGAAGCUUCUUGGAUGGCAAAACAGGAAAGGUGAAACAAAGAUCUCUGAGUCACGUGGAUCUGUUUGGGGAUGAGAGUGCAGAGGAGAAAUGCGAAGAGGAUGAUGAGGAGGAGAAAAUUGUGAGGAAGUCAGCUGCUGCUUUCAAGAGGGGGCAUUUGAAUAAGAGGAAUGCCUCAGAGCUCACCCCCUCAUCCUCAGAGGAUGAUGACGUUGGUCCAGAGGAUGACCGAGGCUAUGAUGACAUGGAUGGUGGUGGGGUGGACUACUCCGGUCUGCAGAUGGACAUGGACUUUGACCUGGAUGAAGACCCAAUGGAGGAGUGCUUACGGAUCUUCAAUGAAUCCAAGGAUGUGAAGACCGAGGACAAGGGAAGGCAAGCCAAGCCCUCUAAAGAUUCUGAUGAUGAGGAUGCCACAGACAGCACUCAAACUACUCUCUUUCCUGGGCAGAAGAAGAGGGUUUCACAUUUCUCCGCCAAAGGAAGUACUGAGGCAACACCAAAGCCUCCGCCGUACAGGAGACUGACUGCCCAGGAGAUCUGUUACCAGCGCAUGCAGAUUGCCCAGCAGCAGGCCUCUCAGCUUGCAGCAGCCGUGAAGACUGCCUCUACACCCAGACCCAGGCCAAGCCUCAGCCCCUUCCCUGGGGAGAGGAAGAGAGUAGCCCACCGCCCCACCCCCUUACCAUCCUCCUCCAAGUCUGGUCUUGUCGAGGCAAAGCUAGCAGGCAGCAGAGUGUUGUCGCCCACCAGGACUCUCCCAGGUGGUGUCUCUGUGAAGGCCCAGACAUCAGCUGGCAUCUUGUCAAAGACCACCACCACUAUUGCACAGAAGAGGGUGGCACACACUCCCACAAUGAAGAGCUCUGCAAUGAAGCGCCCAGUGAUUCCCACUGAGUUUGGAGCCAAAGUGCCCACCAACGUCCGCCAGCGAUACCUCAACAACUUUAUAGAUGAGUGUAUGAAAUUCUGCCCCUCUGAAGACUUGGCCUUCCAAAUGGCCCUGGAGGAGGAGAAGGUGGUGUAUGACCGGAGCAGCAGUAAGAACAUCUACCUCAACGUGGCAGUCAACACACUGAAGAAGCUACGCAGCAAGAGCAGCUCCCCCACCUCACCCGUUGCCAGGAGCCCUGCAGUGGUGGGGAACAGGAAGGCCCAGUCCCAUGAGGAAGUGCUGGGGGGACGCCUCGCUGCCAAGACCAGCUUCACCAUUAACAGGACUGGCAAGCAACAGGAGGAGAAACUCAGUGGUGUCAGGCUGUACAGGAAGCUGAGGGACUAUCUGAUGACGGAGGAGCAGCUGCAGGAGCAUGGAUACCCUAGGCCACACCCUGAGCGCUCAGGUCGAGCCGUGGUCCACAACGUCCCGGAAAAGAAGAAUGUUGACCCUUUUGCCAAGGUGUGCUGUCGAUGUGGGGCCGAGUAUAAGAUCAACGCCAACGGCAACUGUGUUCGCAAGGAGGAGUGUAAUCAUCACUGGGGCCGUCUGCGCAGACAUAAAGUGUCGGGAGGCUGGGAGACUAACUACAGCUGCUGCUCAGGGACUGUGGGCUCUCCUGGCUGCUCUGUGUCUAAGCAACACGUUCAGGACGGACGCAAAGAAUCAUUGGAUGGCUAUGUUCAGACCUUUGAGAAACAGCUGCCCCCAGACGGCAACGGUGGAGUCUACGCCCUGGACUGUGAGAUGUGUUACACAAAGCAGGGUCUGGAGCUGACCAGGGUGACUGUUAUCAACUCUGAGCUGAAAGUAAUCUAUGACACAUUUGUCAAACCCGAAAGCAAAGUGGUUGACUACAACACACGGUUUUCGGGUGUAACAGAGGAGGACCUGGAGAAUGCGACCAUCACCCUGAGAGACGUGCAGGCUGUGAUCCUCAACAUGUUCAGCACUGAGUCCAUCCUCAUAGGACACAGCCUGGAGAGUGACCUCUUUGCCCUCAAGGUCAUACACAGCACUGUAGUGGACACAGCCAUUGUGUUUCCCCAUCGCCUGGGCUUGCCAUACAAGAGGGCCCUGAGGAACCUCAUGGCAGACCACCUCAAACGCAUCAUACAGGACAGCGUUGAAGGUCAUGACUCCAGUGAGGACGCCUGCGCCUGCAUGGAGCUCAUGAUAUGGAAGAUCCGAGAAGACGCCAAGGUGAAGAGAUGACUUCUGCUCCCCUCUAACCGGACCGCUGUAGAGAGACUGAGGGGGAGAGAAGGGGAGCUGAGGGCCCUGGAGAGAACUGUCUGUCUGAGAGGCCAACAGAACAGCACUUGAGUUAUACUGUGGUGGGACCUUGGCAGUGACAGGGAGCAAGAUGCUGAGAAUGGGCUCCUCUAAAGAGAUCUGCAGGGAUGGCCAAGUCACUGCGUUGCCUGGUGAGGUAGGCCAUAGUGGACAGGUGCUGCUGGAGUACAUUGUUGGAGUGCCAGCAGAGCCAGAGUCCUCGAUAGAGUGAGUUGGUAAAAGGCAGAAAUCAACAGUGUUUUCAUUUACUGUUCCUGUUUUAUUUAGAAAAUCCAUGAUCAUGAUUGUCACCAGUUUUUGUUGGUAUGUAUUCUUCUCCUCUGGCGAUCUAACUCUGAAAGACUGGGGGGGUUCUUGUUCACAUUGUUAUUGUUAUGUGAAUAAGGAUAAAAUUCUAUUGCUGCUGAGCUGCAUCCUUGGCCCAACUUGCACUAUAGAAAUGCUCUCUUCUCCUAUUGGGCUAAAGUACCUCAUCUGUGUUGAAUGAAUACAGUACUGAAGACUUGGUACUGAGGAACUUGCUACAUCGUUGUCUAAACAUGGUUAUUCUCAGACAUGGAACGGUGCCACCACACACGCACUUGGUGUUGGGGUUUGCACUUAGUUUGUACCACAUCUGUGCUGUUAAAUGAAAUGUGGUCGAUCUCUUAGUAUUUUGUCGGCUCUCAAACUUGAUUAAUCAUGACAGUCAGACCCCAAAACAGAAAUAUUUAUGUGUCUGAAAUUGUCCUGGUAUGGUUUGAUUCGAGAUAUUGUGUUGAAUAGCUUGACCAUCAAAUCUCACUAUCUAUCUUUGUGUCCUGUGCACUGCAUGAAAGUGAACUUGGGCUAUUUUUAUAGCCACACAGAUAGAACCUAUUACUCCCAGGGUAUGUAUAAAACUAUGUCCACAUUAUGCAACAAUUAGUUAUUCAAUGCAGACAGAUAUCAAAUUGUUUAUAGUAGCUAAAGGCUAUAAUUUUGUGUUAAAUAUGGUAUAACAUAUGAGGGUAAAAACUGGUGCUGUAAAUAUGCUGUAAGUUGUUCCUUUUGUAUUUUUUGUUUUGUUUAUUAUUUUCUAUUAAAAAGAUUGAAAAGA